AUGCCGUUCGGCUCCCUUUGGCUGCAGCCGCAGCGCCGCUCGCCUGCCAAGGCGGUGGCCCGCCGGCACGCGGUGCCGGACGCCAGGGUGCUGGCGCCAAUCAUUAACGGGGGCGGCGCGUUCUUGAUGCCGAGCUUCGUGAUGCCCGUGGGACCUGUGGCGAAGGGCGGGGAGGUGUUCAGCGAGAUCACGCGCCGAAUCAAGGCCAAGGCGGCGGCGGAGGGCACAGCUGACAGGAAGCUUCUAGCUGCCCACGCAAGGCGCAAGAAGGAGCUCGAUGCGGCCGAGGCGCGCGCCCUCGCGGCGCACACGCGCGCGCAGCGCCACGCGGCCGCCCAGGCACGCGCCGACAAGCACGCCGCCGCGGCAGCGGCGGCGCGCGCUCUGAGGGAGCAGGCGGCGGGCUCGGCGAAGGCGAGGGCCGAGGCGGCCGCGCGUGCGGCGGAGGAGCGGGCAGAGCAGCUCCGGCGGCGGAAGGCGGAGGCCGCCGCGGCGGCGGCUGCGAAGGCGGAGGCGGCCCGGCGCGCCAGGGCGGAGGCCAAGGCGGCGGCGAGGGCCCGGGCGGACGCGGCGGCGCGCGCGGGCGCCGCUCGGGCGGAGGAGGCGAGGCGGCAGCGGGUGAAGGCGGCGGCGCGCGUGGUUGCCGAGAGGGAGAGGCAGCAGGCCGAGGCCAGGGCUCGGGCUGAGAGGGAGCGGCAGGAGAAGCAGGCGGCCCUCACUAGGAAGAAGCAGGAGGCUAUGCGCGCCAAGGCCAGGUGCAGCAGCAAGGCCGCCACCGGAAAGGGCAACACAUUGACCGGCAGCGGCGAGGCAAGAGGGAGCGGCAAAGUUGCCGCGGGCACGGGCAAGGCGACGGCUGGGAGCGGCAAGGCUGCCUUUGGCAGCAGAAACGUGGUGGCUGGAAGCCGCAAGGGCGCCCUCAAGAGCAGCGCGCCUGCUGCCGCCAAGCCGAGCGCUGGCUACAUCACCUAUGGACAGCGCCGGCGUUGA